GCGGCGGCGCGUGCGCUGAGAGCGGCGGGUGGGUGGGCUGGCGGCGGUGGAUGCGUCGGAGCCGCGGGAGGUCAGCAGGAAUUUGACCGUCUGGGGCAUGAAUACAGGUGGUAAGCUAUUCAAUUCCAGCUGUGUUAGCAGAACCUUUUCAAGGAAGAGUCAUGGCUGCGGCAGCAGCUUCUCACCUAAACCUGGAUGCCCUCCGGGAAGUGCUGGAAUGCCCCAUCUGCAUGGAGUCCUUCACAGAGGAGCAGCUUCGGCCCAAGCUCCUGCACUGUGGCCAUACCAUCUGCCGCCAGUGCCUAGAGAAACUACUGGCCAGUAGCAUCAAUGGUGUCCGCUGUCCCUUUUGCAGCAAGAUCACCCGCAUAACCAGCCUGACCCAACUGACAGACAACCUGACAGUGCUGAAGAUCAUUGACACAGCUGGGCUCAGUGAAGCUGUGGGGCUGCUCAUGUGCCGGUCCUGUGGGCGGCGGCUGCCUCGGCAGUUCUGCCGAACCUGUGGCCUGGUUUUAUGCGAGCCUUGCCGGGAGGCUGACCACCAGCCUCCUGGCCACUGUACGCUCCCCGUGAAAGAGGCAGCUGAGGAGCGGCGUCGGGACUUUGGAGAGAAGUUGGCCCAUCUGCGGGAGCUUAUGGGGGAGCUACAGCAGCGUAAAGUCGCCUUGGAAGGUGUCUCCAAGGACCUUCAGGCAAGGUACAAAGCAGUUCUCCAGGAGUAUGGGCACGAGGAGCGCAGAGUUCAAGAGGAGUUGGCUCGCUCUCGGAAAUUCUUCACAGGCUCUUUGACUGAGGUAGAGAAGUCCAAUAGUCAAGUGCUAGAGGAGCAGAGUUACCUGCUUAACAUUGCCGAAGUGCAGGCUGUGUCUCGCUGUGACUACUUCCUGGCUAAGAUCAAGCAGGCUGAUGUAGCACUACUGGAGGAGACAGCAGAAGAGGAGGAGCCAGAGCUCACUGCCAGCCUGCCCCGGGAGCUUACCCUGCAGGAUGUGGAGCUCCUUAAGGUAGGCCAUGUUGGCCCCCUCCAAAUCGGGCAGGCUGUUAAGAAGCCCCGGACAGUCAAUAUGGAAGAUUCCUGGGCCAUGGAGGCUGCAGCCUCUGCUGCCUCCACCUCUGUUACAUUUAGAGAGAUAGACAUGAGCCCUGAGGAAGUGGUUGCCAGCCCUAGGUCCUCACCUGCUAAGCAGCGAGGUCCUGAGACAGCCACCAAUAUUCAGCAGUGUCUCUUUCUCAAGAAGAUGGGGGCCAAAGGCAGCACUCCAGGCAUGUUCAACCUUCCAGUCAGUCUCUACGUGACCAGUCAAGGAGAGGUGCUGGUUGCUGACCGUGGUAACUACCGUAUACAGGUCUUUACCCGCAAGGGCUUCUUGAAGGAGAUCCGCCGCAACCCCAGUGGCAUUGAUAGCUUUGUGCUAAGUUUCCUUGGGGCUGAUUUGCCUAAUCUCACUCCUCUCUCAGUGGCCAUGAACUGCCAUGGGCUAAUUGGUGUGACUGACAGCUAUGACAACUCCCUCAAGGUGUACACCUUGGAUGGCCACUGCGUGGCCUGUCACCGGAGCCAGCUGAGCAAACCAUGGGGCAUCACAGCCCUGCCAUCUGGCCAGUUUGUGGUAACUGAUGUGGAAGGUGGAAAGCUCUGGUGUUUCACUGUUGACCGAGGAGCAGGGGUAGUCAAAUACAGCUGCCUUUGCAGUGCUGUGCGGCCCAAGUUUGUCACCUGUGAUGCUGAGGGCACUGUCUACUUCACCCAGGGCUUGGGCCUCAACCUGGAAAACCGGCAGAAUGAGCACCACCUGGAGGGUGGCUUUUCCAUUGGCUCUGUGGGCCCUGAUGGGCAGCUGGGUCGCCAGAUUAGCCACUUCUUCUCAGAGAACGAGGAUUUCCGCUGCAUUGCUGGCAUGUGUGUGGAUGCCCGUGGUGACCUCAUUGUGGCUGAUAGUAGUCGCAAGGAAAUUCUCCACUUUCCUAAGGGUGGAGGCUAUAGUGUCCUUAUUCGAGAGGGGCUCACCUGUCCAGUGGGCAUUGCCCUUACUCCUAAGGGGCAGCUGCUGGUCUUGGACUGCUGGGAUCAUUGCAUCAAGAUCUACAGCUACCACCUAAGGAGAUAUUCCACCCCUUAGAAGAGAAAUAGCCAUUUCUUCUUCUCAGACAACUUCCCUUCCCUUAUCCUUGAUUGUUGAUGGUAUUGUAGAGUAGACUCAGCCUAUGUCCUAAUUCCAGCUGGCUAGUCCUAGAAUUUUAGAAGCUCCGUCUUUUAGUGUUUUUUAUUUGUAUUAUUUUUUCCCCUAAAUUUAGAGCUGUAACAGAUGCAUUUCCUCACUAGGACACAUGAUGGGGUUAGCCGAAAUUUAAUUAGACAUUAGGCACCUCCAAGGCUUCAGUAGAGAGAACCACUUUAGCUUUUUUUGUAGAUAGAAAUUUUCGCCUGUAUUGAAUCCUUGUUGGUUUUCCUCUCUUUUUGCUUUGAGGUCUCUGGCCCAUUUUCUUCCUAUUAUAAUGUGCUUCACCUUUGACAUUUCAACUGUGGCUGUAUUCUGUGUGCAUGCUCAAGUGGGAUCCACUCCACCUUUCAGUGACAUUUCAGACAUCAUUCCCCUGUGGCUUGAUGUCUCAGGUCUGAUCACCUUAACCAUUGUGAAAGCUCAUUCAUUUAGUGCCACCAAGGGAGAUAUACAGUCUUUUGAGAAGCAGUGCCUCUUGGGUGGGGGAUUUGUGCCAUCUUGGAUUCAUAUUUAAUUGUAGAUGUGACAGAGAAUGCAUUGACCCUAGUUGGUUGGUGUUGAAGACUUUGGCCUGGAAAUUGCUUGCCUUUUAAAGGAGCAUAUAGAUUCUAAUUAUGCUAAAGCAUAGAAAGAUAAGAAUAAGCAAAUAUGGAGCUAAUAUAGUCAACAGAUACUCUUGGAUAGUCAUCAUUUUUCAUACUCUGUCUCCACUGACCUAUGCUAAGAGUUGUCUGAGGAACUGUACAACACAGAUCAGGGCCAGCAAAGUGGGGGAGGUGGACACAUCUCAUUCUCAAUACUAAAACAAAACUGUUUGGUCUUUACUCUGUAUUUUCUCCAAGUAAGUACAUAAUACUGGUUUUGGGAUUUAUUUCCAUUCCUGUUGAUGCAUUAAAUAAUUGAUACUUGUUUCUUCUCAACUGGUGUUCAUGCUUUUUAAUUAAAUAUGGGAUUUGAGGGGUGAGGAGGGAGAUGAUUUGUAUCAUGCCAUUUUGCUUCUGUAUUUUAACACUGCAUCCUUUGAGGGCAUAACCAUCAUAGGGAUCUACCUCAGUCAAAAUCCAGCCAAAAGCACCAUUGUGUAAAGAUAAUCCAAAGCUCAUUCCCACAUUCAUGUAUUCAGAAUCAGUCUCCAAGAUGUAAAGUCCCCAACACCCUGUCUUAAAUUGAGCCCUUGCCCCCUGUUCUAUCCUUAGAAUUACAGUUAAUAAAAAGAAGAGAGCCUGUGCUUUUAAGACAGGCUUGUAGGUGAAGGAAUUUGUGAUAUGUUUCCUCAGGCUUUGGACUGAGUAGGAUACCUUGCUUUUGCGGUGCAGGGGUUAUGGCAAUCCAAAGAUCUGUGGCCUUGCUUUCACUGAAACAAAAUUUGCUAGGCUGAGCUACUCAAAAUGGGUUUUUGCUUUUUGGGUUUUUUUGUUUUUUGCUUCUGUUGUGAUAGCUGCCAAAGGAUAGGAAAGGAGGUAAUUAAAGUGAUGUUGAGCUAGUUUGUCUUUUUACUUCUCAUCUGGAGAAAGCCCCAUGCUCUGAUUAUGAAAUUGCAUCUGAUUUUCAAAGAUUGUGUAAUUAAGAGGAAAUUGAUCCAAUUACAGGUGCAUCACAAAUGACCCCACUAGUUAUUAAAGCCACUUUAUCUGUGGUGCACCCAGCAGCAGGAGAUCUGUCUUUGUUGUCAGUGGGGGACUUGCUGAGGCAAGAACAGUGGCCGAGGCCUUUGGCACAUGGUUUGCAGCUGAGGAAUGAAUAUAAUAUCGUGGGCUGGCAUGAAGUAAAUGAGGCCAGGGCUCCUCCAGCUGCAGAUGCU